GAACCAGCGAGAUGCCGAACCGCAAAAGCGGGCGCAACGCGUAUUACUUCUUCGUUCUGGAGAAGUUGCCAGAGUUGAAGCGCCGCGGCCUGAAUGUGACUAGCGUGGUCGACGCCAUCCCGCACUGCUCGGAUGGGUGGGCGAUGCUGACUGAAGAGCAAAAAGAGAAGUAUGCAGAUAAGGCUCGUCUGUGGAAAGCUAAGAAAUCAGAAAUGGAAACAAAGUCACCUACUCAGGUCCCACCAGGGCCACCACGUCUUCCUGUGCAGUCUUGGACAGUUCCUAUUGAAAGCCUCACCAACACAUCCAGGAAGUGUGAUCAAGUUGUGCUUAAAAAUGCAUUCUACGUACUGAACAUUUUCAGCCAUGGAGAACUGCCCCCUCAUUGCGUUCAGCGCUUUCUCCCUUGUGAAAUUGGUUGUGUCAAGUACUCACUUAAGGAUGGCAUAAUUGCAGACUUCCAUCAUUUUAUAGAUACUGGAGCAGUUCCUCGGGGAUUUCGGUAUCAUUGCCAAGCUGCAGGUGAUGCCACUCACAGGAUUCCCAUCUCUGGCUUUGAGCUUACCUCUGCAAGUCAUUCUGUUGUGUUUCGUGACCUGUGCAUGUUUAUCAAGCCACACAAGAACAACCCGCCGCUUGUGUAUUGUAAGUCCGAUGACUGGUUUAGGGUGAACUGGUGCUUGAAGCACAUGGCUGAGGAAGCAGGCACAAUAAAUCAGCUGAAGCUUCUCAAUGUUGAAGACCUUGUGGUGGAGCUGUAUCAGCAAAAGUUUCAAAAGGAGCCUUCCAAGACCUGGGUGUGCAACACACUGGAUGCUUCCAUGUGGGAUUAUUCCAGCAAUAUUAGGUGCAAGUGGCAUGAAGACAAUGACAUACUGUUCUGUGCUCUUGCUAGUUGCAAGAAAAUUGCGUACUGCAUCAGCCACUUUCUGGCUAACCUGUAUGGCAUCCCCGUGACUACAUCUCAUUUACCAGUGCAUGACAAGGACUCCCAAAGUACAGUGAACCCUAAGAUGGUUGUGUUGGAUGCUGGACGCUUCCAGAGAGCAAGGGCCCAGUGUGGGGGAAAUGAUGGGCACUUCACAUCUCUUUAUCAGGAUACAAAUGCUAUUCCUUAUGCUGGUAAGAAUCCUUCAGGAGUGAAGACAGAGAGUGAAACGAGUGCUGGCCAUGGAAGAGGAAUUAUACGCUUUCUGGAGACCAUCUCCAAGCAGUCCGGCAAUUGGAAACUUGCAAGUGCUUCCUGCCCAAAGUAGUUCUGCAUGGCUGUAAUUGCAAAUAUAUGGGAACCGUCAGGCACUACCUUCCUUUCUUUUCUUGUUACGUUUAAGUGUUUCCUUAGCAAAGGGAAAACUAGUUCUACUUCCUUUGCUCAUUGACAUUUUAACAGUAUUUAAGAUUAGAGCAUUACUCUAGAGUAAAAAUGCUUGUUAAUCAUAUGUUAAAUGGAAGUCAAAAUAACUGUUCAGAAAGUAUCCAGAUUCUUGACACCUCCACUCACUGUGUCUUAUUCCACACGGCACAAGCAGAAAUUAGUUUGUUCUUCACAGUACACUUUUGUUGUUCCUGUAGUUAAGGAUCAUUCCAUUGCAAUUACAUUUUUAUUAGCCCUACUUACGUUUCAAACUGAAUUGUCUUGUAUGCCAGAUGUUUUAUAUUUAUUUAUAAAUCAUUGUUUGUUAAUGCAAAUGUGUCCGUCAUAUACAUUUCUAAGGCUACAGUUCUCAAAAAAUAUUAAAUUCCAUUUUCUCUGUU